AAUGGCUGUGCAGGGGGGGGCAUGUCAACAGAAGAGGUGAGCAAGCCGAGGUCCAGUAGCGUAUUAAGCAGGUGAGGAUCAAACAGAAGCGUGGUCAGUAAACAAGCCAAAGGUCAGUAAUGAGCAGUUGCAGGUUGGGAUCAGGCAGAAGCGUAGUCGAGAACAAGCCAAGGUCGGUAAUGACCAGUUGCAGGUUGGGAUCAGGCAGAAGCGUAGUCGAGAACAAGCCAAGGUCGGUAAUGACCAGUUGCAGGUUGGAAUCAGGCAGAAGCAUAGUCCAGAACAAGCCAAGGUCGGUAAUGACCAGUUGUAGGUUGGGAUCAGGCAGAAGCGUAGUUGUGAACAAGCCAAGGUUGGUAAUGAGCAGUUGUAGGUUGGGAUCAGGCAGAAGCGUAGUCCUGAACAAGCCAAGGGUCAAUAAUGAGUGGUAGCAAAAUAUGGAUGACAGCUGAGAAGGCAAGGAGCAAGAUAAUGGCUGGAGAGCACAAAAAUCUGGCAAACAGGAAG